CCGGGUACUUGAGCCGAGUGUCGCUGCGGGUUUCAGAGGGAAAGAUGGCGGACGACAACCGAAACCCGAAGGAGGAAACCCAGAACUCGGAGCGGCGGAGCCACAGGGUCCGCAGGAGACCCGCAUCACGCUCGUCCCCUGAGCCCGCCGGAGUCCAGAAACGGAAAAGAACUAAGGAAGUCAAGCGUCACCGAUGUCAGUUCUGCGGCAGAGCCUUCGCAAGACCUGGAAACUUAAGGGUUCAUUACAGAAUUCACACAGGAGAGAAACCGUACCGCUGCAACAUUUGUGGGACAACGUUCACACACUUGAACACAUUCAGAAGACACGGACUCAUUCACACGGGAGAGAAGCCGUACCCGUGUGAUCAGUGCGAGAGAGCUUUCACCACACUGAGUUUCCUCAAAAUCCACCGGAUUCAGAGAGAGUUCAGCAGAGACCAGGAUCAGGAUGGAGGAGGAGCAGCGGAGCAACAACGUCCCCACAGGAGCAGCAGCAGGCUCGUCCUCUCAGCCGUAAACUCGGACCUGGAGAGCCACGAGGUCGUCGUUUUGAGCGACGGGGAGGAGGAGGAGCAGGAGGAGGAGCAGGAGGAGCAGACAGGCGAUAAACGCCGGAUCACCACAUCAAAGACUCACCUGUGUGCAGGUGUGGAGGACUCCAGGAGCCUGGACCUGCUGUGGUUCGACGACGACGACGAGGAUAUCGAUGACGGAGGUGAUGAAGAGCAGCAGCUGAGACGAGAAGAUCUGAAGGACCCCGAUUUCCAAAUCACAUCAAGGUUAAUUUCCCCCAGAGUUCAGUCUGGCAGGAGGAAGCCCGGCAGGCCUCGUAAAAGCGACACACAGAGCCACGUGGACCUGAGAGUCUGCAUCCUGGAGGACUCUCGGACCGACGUGCUCUCCAGCACGGUGUACAGGAAGCACCCGCUGCAGCAGGUCAGGUGUCCCCGUCACCUGCAGGAGGCGGACUUCCUGGACCUGCUGAGGUCCACCUUCCCUCAGCUGGACCGCAAACCGUUUGACGUCUUCACGACCAACAGAGGGAAGAGGCUGCAGCCGCUCCGCGUCAAGACGCUGACGCCCGCCGAGAUCUGCAGGAGCUCCGGAAACUCCGCCCUCUACAUCCGCCCGAAGAGCGAUUUGGGAUCCGUGUCGCCGAGCGGAGACGAUCCUCGGAGCAGCGGGGAAAACCUUCGACCUCGGCUGAGAGACGAUGACUCUCCGUCCGCCUCUGCCGCCGCGUCGGCCGAUGAAACCGACACAAACUCCAGGUUAUCGUCUCCCAGAGUUCAGUCUGAGAGGAGGAGGCGCGGCAGGCCUCGCCUCGGAGAGGAGCCCACUCACCACCUCCUCAAAGUCUGCAUGCUGGAGGAGCCGCGGUCAGACCGGCCGUCACGCAGAGUGCUGACCAAGUCCUCGGUGCAGGAGGUCAGGUGUCCCCGCGGCCUGCAGGAGAAGGACUUCCUGGACCUCCUGCGGUCCUCCUUCCCUCAGCUGGCCGGAGGCGACAAACCGUUCGACGUCUUCAAGUCGGAUCGCAGCCGAAAACUCCACCGAGUCAAAGUGCAGUCGAUGACGCCGGAGGAGAUCUUCAGGAGCAGCAGGUCUGCGUGCGCCGAGAAGACGCUCCUCUACAUCCGACUCAAGACCGGAGAGGAGGAGGAGGAGGAGGAGGAGGAGGAGCUUCAGCUUGUUCAGAGAAACGAUGAUGUCAGCAGUGACUCUCCGUUCACCGACGCCAUAAAAAGUGACGCAGCCGAGAUCAGCUCAAGCGCUGUUCCUCGUGCAGACGGUACCGGAGAGGACGUCCAGCAGCGGGACACGGAACCAGCUGCUGAUGAAGACGCCGCUGAGAGCCAGGCGGACUCUAGCGAUGUCGGAGACGAGGCGUUGGACGGAGACAAGGUGUUGGACGGAGACAAGGUGUUGGACGGAGACGGUGACUGGAAGCCAAAGAAGAAGAAGAAGAGAGGGCGUGAGGCCUCAGACGUGGAAGGCGAGGCGGUGGCGAGCGAUAAAAUCCCGUGUAAAGUGUGCGGCGUUUGGUACCGGAUCCUCGGCAGCCUGAUCAAACACGCGUGGAGCCACCUGGAGGAGGGGCAUCAUGUGUGCGGCGUGUGCGGCGAGCGUUUCGAGUCCGUGGACGAGCUGAAGUCGCACCUGAGAAAAUACCAGAAAACUCACGAGUGCUCGUACUGCAGGAAGUCGUUCUUCACCGUCACCGGCCUCAAGUGCCACACCACCGUGCACACGGGGAACCGGCCGUUCAAGUGUGACGUGUGCAACAAGGCGUUCCCUCACAUGUCGGGGCUGAGCGUGCACCGCUGGGUCCACGUGGACGACAAACCGCACAAGUGUCACGUGUGCCCGAAGGCGUUCGGCCUGAAGGCGCAGCUCCGCGCUCACGCGAAGGUGCACACGGGCCGAGACAAGUACCACUGCAACCUGUGCAGCAAGUCCUUCAACGACCUGCGCUCGCUGACUCGCCACAAGGCCACGCACUCGGGGGAGCGGCGCUACAGCUGCGGCGUCUGCGGGAAGCGUUUCAAACUGCCCGGCACGCUCAAGUCUCACGAGAAGACGCACACGGUGAGAGAGCGGCCGUUCCUCUGCCACGUCUGCUGCAAGACCUUCAUCUCCAACUGCAGCCUGACCACGCACAUGAAGACGCACAGCGGCGAGCGCCCCUUCGUCUGCACCGUCUGCGGCAAAGGCUUCAUAUCCAACGGCGAGCUCAAGGCGCACACGCGCGUGCACACCGGCGAGGCGCCGUACGGCUGCUCCGAGUGCGGCCGCUAUUUCAAACGCAAGAGUCACCUGAACAACCACGUGAGGAGCCACCUGGGCAUCAAACUGUUCGUCUGCACCGUCUGCGGGAAGCCGUGCUCGCGGCAGGAGCACCUGACGGUCCACAUGAGGACGCACAACGGCGAGCGGCCGUACCAGUGCGACGUCUGCGACAAGGCGUUCACGCAGAGCCACUGUCUGAAAACACACAUGAGGAGCCACCAGGCCGAAGACACGCCGCCGCUGAACGCGCCCUCGUCCUGAGAGACGCCGCUGUUCCUCCGUCCGAAGAGUCGCGAUGGAGGUCGCCACGUUUAUUCUCAUUUAACGUACGAAAUUAGAACGUCACCAUCACCCGCGUCCUUCAUGAUGUCAUCGAUACAGCCCCAAGAGGGCGGAGUCUAAAGUUACACAUGAAGGAGGCGACGGCGGAGGAGGUCAGAGGUCAGUGCGGCCGUUAAAUAACCUCGCAGGCUUCGUACCGGCGGUUUGAGGUGCUUCAAGUCCUUGAAUUUGGCUCUUAGAAAUGUAAGAACUUGAAUACCGUGAAAAUCUUUUCAGGACAAAAGAAAAAAAAAACAUCAAGAUUAAAGAAAUCUCAGAAACAAAUUUCAAGAAAACAC